UCAAGCAGCUAGGGCGGGGGUGCUAGGGAUUGUGUGUGUGUCUGUAGGGCUUCGGAUUGGAGAUGCAGAAAGAAAGGGCAGUUUCAAGGAAGUGACGGACGAGGCUCAGAGGACUGGUCAGAGGAAGUUUGCUCGAUGGUGGUAACGUUAUCGUGCUGCUGAACGAAACUUUUCCCCCUUGAGCGCCAGCGGCACCGUGGAUCGGGACGGACGGAUCCAGCGGCGGAGGGAGCUUUUGUUUCCUCGCCACCUUAGCAGUACGGAGGAAUAAUUUGAGGUUGGGAGAAAAAAAAGGGGGGAGAUCGCAGAGGAAUUUCACUCCCGCAACCAAGCCCCCCUUUUUCUUCUCUUCCCCGCGCCUCCUCCGAUUUUUUUUCUGGGAUCCGCGAUGGGGAAGGAGCAGGAACUUCUUGAAGCGGCGCGGACGGGAAACCUGGCCGCAGUGGAGAAGCUUUUAUCCGUGAAGCGACAAUCCGCUGGCACCGGCAGCGGGUCGUCUGGCAGCUGUGGAAGCGGCAACAGCGGCGGGCACGGCGCCUCCUCUCACCCGCUCUCCAGUCUGCUCAGUAUCUGGAGAGGCCCCAAUGUGAAUUGUGUGGACAGCACUGGAUACUCCCCUCUCCACCACGCCGCCCUUAAUGGACACAGCGAGGUGGUGGAGGCGCUGCUACGAAACGAGGCCUUGACCAACAUCGCUGACAACAAGGGCUGCUACCCUCUCCAUCUCGCUGCAUGGAAGGGAGAUGAACAUAUCGUCAAACUGCUCAUUCACCAGGGACCUUCACACCCCAAACUCAAUGAGCAGAGCUCUGUAGACCAUAAAGAGUUCAAACGCUGUGGGCCCUUUGACCCCUAUAUUAACGCCAAGCUUCUCACCCGUUCAUCCGCCCCCCAACAGAACAAUGACAACGAGACGCCGCUGCACUGUGCUGCCCAGUAUGGCCACUCCCAGGUGGUGCGGCUGCUGCUGGAGGAGCUGACAGACCCCACCAUGAGGAACAACAAGUUCGAGACUCCGCUGGACCUGGCUGCACUAUACGGCCGCCUGGAGGUAGUCAAACUGCUGCUCAUUGCCCACCCCAACCUUCUCAGCUGUAACACCAAGAAACACACACCGCUGCAUCUGGCCUCUCGGAACGGACACCUGUCUGUGGUGGAGGUGCUGCUGGAUGCUGGCAUGGACAUCAACUAUGAGACGGAGAAAGGCAGUGCCCUCCACGAAGCAGCCUUGUUUGGGAAGGCAGAUGUGGUACAGAAACUUCUCAGUGCAGGUAUCGAUGUGAACAUCGUCGACCAGAAGGGCAUGACAGCGCUGGACACUGUCAAGGACAUGCCCUCCCAGAAGAGCAGAGCGAUAGCUGCUCUCAUCCUAGGUCACAUGACUGGAAAACCCCCUGACAGUGACCUUCCACCUCCACCAAUCCCUCCACCUAAGGAGAGUUCCAGCCCGCGGAAAAAGGGUGAUCUGGAGAAGGUGAGUGAGUUGAUCUCGGGGCUGGCCCCGGGGCCCGAGGAGGAGAGCCCGUACGAGGCUCUGUUUGAAGCCACCUCAUGCCACUCUCUGGACAGCCUCACCAGCAGCAAGUCCUCUGACAGGGACUCUGGUCGGCCAGAUAGUGAAGCUGGCAAGAAAGAUCGCCUGGUCCACUCAUCACAUCAUGGCCCUGGUCAUGAAGAAGAGGUGAGCUCAAAGGCCCUGUAUACUAACAGCAGUAUUGAUGAGAGAGGCGAGCUGGUGGAGAAGCAGGAGGAGGAUCACACGUAUGAGUUGUUGCUGACUGCACAGACCAAACACCCACCGCCCAGCCAGGAGUCCCAGUCCAAUAAAGACGUGAACACCACUAUACAGUCUUCCAACAGUGUUCUACCUCAGCGUAAACCCACUGCCCCAAACGACCUCAGAGCCCCAAGCAAGACGAAAGACUCCCUGCACCCUCCUGGACGGGUGUGCCCACGGGCACCAGGAGAUAACUCCCAGCUCAGCCUGGAUCAGGCAGCAGGUGUCCCGGAGCAGUUCACUGGCCUUCUGCACGGAUCCUCCCCCGUCUUCGACUGCCGUGAGGAGCCCUUCAAGCUUCCAGGUGUUCAGCCGUCCAGCCAGAGCCAGCCAGAACCAAGAAAAUCCGCAAAAGUAAAAGCGGAAGUAGCAGCAGCUGCACUGCCACCUAGCCGUCCCAGUAUGGCUGCCAUCCUGACAGACUGUGAUCCAAAAGCAAUUUAUGCAACUGUGAACAAGGAGCCCAGGGACUCAGGGGCUGGGGCAAUGUCUGCCAUUAGGAUGCGCCCUCCUGGGGAUCUGAAGCUGGCACGCAGCCUCUCCAAGUCUGACUCUGACUUGCUCGUGUCGCCUCCUAGUGAGGAGGAAGGAGGUUUAGGAAACAGGAGCGAGUCUGUUUCUAACUGUAGCACUGGCAAGAAGAGGCUUGAGAAAUCUCCCUCUUUCACCUCAGAAUGGGACGAGCAGAAACCGACGACUUCUCCCGCCACAAAACAACGAAGAUCUAAUUCCUUUGACAGCAUCGAGAAGAUCAUGACACUGAUUGGUGCUGGCAUCGAUUUUUCCAGAGAUCAGCAAUAUGCUACACCAGCAGGUGCUGCAGGCCGGCUGCUGGACCAGCCUGUGGGAGACUGGCUGGAGCACGUGGGGCUGCCGCAGUAUGAGAGCAAACUACUCCUGAACGGUUUCGACGACCUGCACUACAUGGGGAGCAAUGUAAUGGAGGACCAGGACUUGAGAGAGAUUGGGAUCACAGACCCAAGCCACAGAAAGAAGAUCCUGCAUGCAGCACGUUCGUUACCCAAGGUGAAAGCGCUGGGCUGUGACGGCAGCAGCUCCCUGUCCUCUUGGCUGGAGAAUCUGGGCCUGCAAGAGUACUUACACAACUUCCUGGCCAGCGGCUACCACUCUCUGGACUGUGUCAAAAACCUGUGGGAACUGGAGAUUGUCAAUGUGCUAAAGAUCUCCCUACUUGGUCACAGGAAACGCAUCAUUGCGUCCUUAGCGGAGAGGCCCUACGAAGAACCUCCAGUCAAGCCUCCUCGUUUGUCUCAGAUCAGGUGCCAAGACCUGCCUGGAUCCCAGACCUCGUCUCCCCUCAGUCAGAUGGAAACCUACACAGGACGCUCAAUGGACCCUCUGCUGCCAGUGGGAGAGCCAGGGAGGAAAAAAGUACCAGAUACUGACUAUGAUGUUACCCAAAGAUAUCGCAGUGAACGACACAGAUCACACGAACGCUAUGAAGAUCGGCAUCGAGAGCCCCGUCUGACCCUGCGGCCGCCAAGCCUGGCAGCACCGUACGCCCCAGUCCAGAACUGGCAUCACCAACCCGAGAAACUCAUCUUUGAAUCCUGCGCCUACGAAGCCAGUUACCUCGGUUCCAUGCUUAUUAAGGAUCUACGGGGUACCGAGUCCACGCAGGAUGCCUGUGCCAAAAUGCGGAGGUCAACAGAACAAAUGAGAAAAGUCCCUACCAUCGUCCUCUCGAUCACCUACAAAGGUGUAAAGUUCAUUGAUGCAGCCAAUAAGAACAUCAUUGCAGAGCAUGAGAUCCGUAAUAUUUCGUGUGCAGCCCAGGACCCAGAGGACUUGUGCACAUUUGCCUACAUCACCAAGGACCUGCAGACCAGCCACCACUACUGCCAUGUAUUCAGCACAGUAGACGUGAACCUGACCUAUGAGAUUAUACUGACGCUUGGCCAGGCGUUUGAGGUAGCCUAUCAGCUGGCUCUCCAGGCCCAGAGGACCAAACAGCACCAGAACCUCCCAGUGGGACCCGGUCCAGAGGUCAUUGAGACCAAGUCCAGUCGACCUGUACCCAAACCACGAGGCAGUGUACGAAAGUCAGCGAAACGCCCUGCCUCACACUCCCACAGUUACACACAUCCACACCCGACUCUCCUCCCCUCGACAGUCGUUGCUGUUACUGUUACACCUGCACCACCCACCGUCCCUCCUUCCUACCGCUGCACUCUGCCAGCCCUGCUGCCCAGGGGGACAUUGUGGAACAGGAGGGGGAUUCUCAGUCCCAGGGCAGCGCCACGUGGCUCGUGGACCCCAAGGAAUCCAAGCGCACUAUCAGCACUAACUGAACACUGUGGCCACUCCCAGCCAGUAAGAAAGGACAGGAAUGAGUCCUGUUGCAUGGUGGGUAGGAUGUUUUGUUGGAAAAGUGAUCCACUUCUUAUGCAGCAGAUCACACCACCAGUUUGGAUCGUGCUCACCACAGUAACACACGGGGCCGGAGACAAACAGAUGUAAAGCUUUCAACACUGCACAGUCCAUCGUUCAUCUGACCUCACCGACUUCAGCACUCCACAUGCACACACACACCUCCAUUUAGCUUCCUGUCUGUUGGAAAGUGAUGGUUGUGCCAGUCAGAUGUAUUUGUUAUGCUUUAUGGAUUUCCUGAGAAAUGAAUUGUUGCCUCCUAACACCUAUCAGGCCUCCCUCAUAGAGAGUUAUUGUUUACUCUUUCAGGAAAUGUACCUGCAUUGCUUCCAUGCAGAAAUUGUGGUUAAAGGCGAAGUGGCUGAGAUGAGGAACUUUAUUUUAUUUUUUUUUUGUUAUGAUACAAAGGUACAUCAGACAGAGACCUCACACUAUAGGUACACACUCCUUCCUGGAUUAUUCGUCCUGUAUCCACACAUUGUAGCUUCUCAUCCACAAUGUAUAGCUGUGAUAAACAAUGUAAUCUUGCAUGGGAGGAACUCUAACCAAACUCAAAGGGCAGAGGAACUGACACUACAAAGGCUGUUCUAUAAUAAUAAUAUAACGGGAGUGGCUUUUAUUUGAUUUGAAAGUGUUCUCUUUUUUUUUUUCUUCUUCUAUGUUUUAAUUGUAGGGCAAAUAUGUGUCCUAAUGCUGGAACUGGAUCAGGUGUGGUUCACUGCAGUUCUCUCUCUCCUUCCCUGCUCCUUUGUUCAGUUAAUAUAGGCAAGAUUAUACACCAAACCUGCCAUGCAGGCUGGUACGUCUUUAGAUUUUAGCUGCAGAACAGAACAAUAGGACAUAGCAUGAUUCUCCUAGCUAACUCCCAGUAUGUUGACUGUUAAUGGUACUUCUUGGUCAGCCGAUGUGUAUAUGGGUACAUAGUCAGGUCGUUUUGAUUUAACCGUUGUAUAUGUGGUACGUUGUCAGGCCAGUACGAUAACUCUAUGGUACACUGUCUUCAGCUCGCUGGCGUCGGCACCUUCAGCCAUCAGCCUGGUCCCGUUCUGCUUUUGCACAUUGCUAUGGAUCAGGAGAGAUAUUUUGGGACUAAUCUGAUGACAACAAUGAUGAGAAUGAUAUUGUACAUGAAUCUAGCGGUCUGUAUUUUGAUACUUGAAUGAUUUUUGCUUUUAUAGAUAUCUAUAUAUAUGUAUAUGUAUGUAUGUACGUAUGUUAAUUUUUGACGUUUGUCAAAAGAGAGAAAAGGACUAUGUCUUAUAAAGUUAAACAUAUCGUGAAUAAAUACCCUGUGAUUUUAAAAAAAAUAAAAGGCUGAGAAAACAAUGACUCAGAAGAGGGACCUCACUUCAGAAAAAAAGAUUGUAAAUAAUCUUGGGCUUCCAGUCUUUUUUUAUGAUUAUUUUUCAUAAUUGUACAACUAAUAAAUGGCGCAAUUAGAAA